AUGAUCCUCCGCAAGGCUUGCACCAACUGCACAACCUCUAAACGGAAAUGUGUGGUCGAGAAACCAAAAUGCACUCGGUGUGCCCAGAGGAACCUUGAAUGCGUGUAUGAUCUCGAGCCUCUCAAGACCCCGCCCACAAAUGCCGAGAGACUAGUUGCACUCGGUUUUGAUCCAUUAAGCGCCCAAUCUGUCGGAGUCUGCAUAAUCAAUACUGUCACGCUCCAAGGUCCACAUAUAGAUCCGGCAAUAUGUGCUCCCGGCCUUGAUAGAACCGUGCAUAUCACACGGAUAGGAUUCGGGACCGCGCCGGGUCUUAUCAGAGCAGGGAAGCCUGCGUCAUUUGUACAUCCGAAGCUGAAUAUGCAGGGUGUGUAUAACCAUUUUGCAGCCUUGAUCGAGGGAAAAACUAUUGGGGUGCAUUCCGAAGGCUUCAAACAACUGAUUCGGCUUGAAAGAAAGAGGUUGUGCUUAAAGGAAGCUCUCACCGCAGUUCAGGUCCUGCUAGUUCAUCUGGAAGCAUCGGCCUUUUCAUCAUCGCGAGCAGAACGGGAUGACGCGGACAGGUCUCUCGUUCUCUUAUCUGAGUGGACGCAAGCACUCUUUGGCUUAGUGGAUACCAGACUUCCAAAAGGUUCUCCAUGGCAGGACUGGCUUUUAGGAGAAAGUAUUCGCCGGACUAUUUUCAUGUCGUACGUCCUGCAUAUGUCCGUACACAGCUACAAACAUGGCUACUGUCCGAACUAUCUCUUCAUGGAAUCUCUCCCAUUCGACGCCCGCCCGGGCCUGUGGAUGGCCGAGUCCCCUCAUGCGUGGAUCGCCGCAGCCCAUGCCCGAUGUGGCGAGGAUGUUGGUGAGGAACUAACGUCAUAUCAUACAUUCGCCGCGGGAGUGCGUGGCCAGACGUUGGAUUUUGGUGGAGACGUGCUGCUUACCUUGGCUGCCUUUGCACAUAACGGUGCGGGAACUAAACCUGUUCAGUCUACAUAG